GCAUUAUUGCUUUCGCGUUCGCGGCUUUAUUCUUCUUUGUAGAGUCCAAGUCCACAACUGGUUUUCGCGUGUUGGUUCUACUAGAUGAAGAGAACGACAAGAAUUUAUUCACACAGUUUUUCCAUUCUUUAGAAGAACGCGAUUACAAACUUACUUAUAAUAAAUUGUCAAAUUCUGUCGAGUUAUUUUCCUAUGGAGAGCGUGCUUUCGACCAUAUUAUCUAUUUUGCACCAAAAACUAAAG